AGAGCCAGAAGAAAGCUGCACCUUCCUUCUCUCCAUCUUCCCACUUCUGCUUCCACCAUGAGGAAGGAAGUCUUCACCCUGGCUUUUGCUCGAGCCGUCUUCGUUGAGUUCCUUGCAACGCUCAUCUUCAUCUUCAUCGGCCUCGGCUCAGCCCUGAAAUGGCCCUCAGCCCUUCCCAGCAUCCUGCAGAUCUCGCUGGCUUUUGGGCUGGGCAUCGGCACCCUGGUGCAGGCAUUUGGCCACAUCAGCGGUGCCCACAUCAACCCGGCGGUGACUAUCGCCUUCUUUGUGGGCAACCAGAUCUCCUUCUUCCGGAUGCUGUUCUACGUGGUUGCCCAGCUGGUUGGCGCCAUCACAGGGGCGGGCAUCCUCUAUGGAGUGACCCCAGCCAACACCCAUGGAAAUCUAGCUAUUAACGCGCUCAACAACAACAUAACUUCCGGCCAGGCACUGGUAGUAGAGAUCCUUCUCACCUUCCAGCUGGCCAUGUGCAUCUUCGCCUCUACUGACAACCGUCGGACCGACAACCUGGGCUCUCCCGCACUGUCCAUUGGCCUCUCUGUCUCCUUGGGCCACUUGAUUGGGAUCUACUUCACUGGCUGCUCCAUGAAUCCUGCCCGAUCUUUUGCGCCGUCUGUCAUCAUGAGAAGGUUCAGCAGCGCCCACUGGGUCUUCUGGGUAGGACCCAUCCUCGGAGCAGUCCUGGCUGCGCUGCUGUAUUUCUACAUUCUGGUUCCCUACUGCAUGAACAUGUCUGACCGGAUAGCCAUCGUGAAAGGCACCUACGAGUCCGAGGAGGAGUGGGAAGAGCAGAGGGAAGAGAGGAAGAAGUCCAUGGAGCUCACCUCCCCGUAAGCGCAAGCGCUGGAGGGAAGCGAAGAAGGAAGGAGGACAAUGAACAAUCCCAGAACCAUAGGCUGAAUACAAGACCUCACACCUCAAAACCAUUUCUAUCCAAGAAAGAAAGGAGCACCAAUCUGCAUAUAUAACCUGCCUGUGUGAUUACGAGUGCAAGUCCUGCACAUAUUGCUAGCCUAACUAUAGACGGCUACACCCAGCAGAGGGUAGUCUGCUACUGGCAGGACUUCUGCUGUUCCACGCAGCUCUUUCCUUGACCUUGUAGACGAGAGGUCUUGAUUUUUCUCCCACUCCAGACUGAAGGAGCCAUUAUACAGGCCUGAGACCACAUCCUUCCUGCACCCAGAGCUCCCGCCAAUGUUUAGGGGGAGAAAAGGGACUGGACACUGCACGAGUACAGAGAAGGGAGUCUGCUUGCUUCUGGCAGGGAAAAGCAGCAGAUAGAUUUU